UGUGAAAGUCGAAGAGCAGAGCUCAUGGAAAUGAUCAGGAAUCAUAAACCCCUGAUGAUGUCUGUGAGUCGGGUCAGAAUCCUAAUGAUCGGUCCUGUAGGUGCUGGAAAAUCCAGUUUCUUCAACUCCAUCAACUCCAUCUUCAUGAGCCGCAUUACCAGCAAAGCCAUGUCAGGAUCUGCAGGAACUAGUCUCACCACACAGUUUCGCACAUAUCCAGUGAAAGAUGGUCGUGAGGGAAAGCCGUUGCCAUUUGUGUUGUGUGACACCAUGGGACUCGAGGAGCAAACAGGUGCAGGACUGGAUAUUGAGGACAUCAGCAGCAUUCUUCAAGGUCACGUACCAGACCGCUAUAAAUUCAACCCCAUGGCACCGUUUCAACACAAUGAGCAAAGGGUCUACAGACCAUCAUCUCUACAGGAGAAGAUUCACUACGUGAUAGACGCCACCAAAAUCUCCCUCAUGUCCGACAAACUACAGCAAAAACUUGCUGUGAUACACCGAAGAGUAAACUCGCUAAGUAAACUAACAUUGACAAAAGCAGAUGAAGCAUGUCCUCUAGUGGAGAAGGACCUUCAAAGUCUUUAUGUCAGUUCCUACAUCAAGUCAAAGGUGCAGGAGGUGAGCUCUCGGUUGGGUGUGCCGGUGUCUUGUGUGUUACCGGUGAAGAACUACAGUCAGGAGCUGGAGCUGGAGCUCAACUGUGACGUCCUGUACGUCCUCAACUUUGCAGACGACUAUUUUGAUGAUAUACGUCCUGUGGAAGCCAACCCUAAAUAA